UCGGCACCAAUCAUCAGGGCACUGAUCAUCAGUGCCCUGAUGAUCGGUGCCCAGCAGUGCCACCCACCAGUGCCCAGCAGUGUCGCCCAUCAGUGCCACCUACCUGUGCCCAGCAGUGCCACCCACCUGUACCCACCCACCUGUGCCCACCAGUGCCAUCCACCAGUGCCCAUCAAUGCAGUGAUGCCAGUCAGUGCCACCAGUCAGUGCCCAGCAUCAGUGCCACCUAUCAGUGCUGUCUAUCAGUACCCAUCAUCAGUGCCGCCUAUCAGUGCCGCCUAUCCGUGACACCUCAUUAGUGCUGCCUAUCAGUGCCGCCUAUCCGUGACG